UUCCAAGUAGGCCUCUCUCUUUUCCUUGUCUCUUCCCAUGACCAUGGCAGUUGCUGGUGAUUAUGAUCACAAGUCUUGGAGCAGGGUUCUGGUUCUCAAAACUUUGAACCCCCAUCAUGACUUAGGAUCUCCUACGUUUACAUGUUGGCGUCUAUGAAGUAGUAGAAAAAUGCCGGGCGAGCUGGAUUCUAUACACAGUGUCAGCAUUGCCUGCAAAGUACAAUUUCUCUGCCCUACCCAUGUGAUCCAGAAACAGAAACUUCAAAAAGAACAAGCUAGAUUUAAUUGGAAAUGUUAAGAAUAGUAAAAAAAGGAAUAGUUAGAUUUGAUCAAGGACAAGAUGAAGAAACCUUCCUGGAAAACUUAGCAGUGCAACGAAAUGCCUCUGCUUUUUUUGAAAAAUAUGAACGAAGUGAAGUGCAAGAAUUAUUAACAACAGCACUAGUCAGCUGGCUGGCUGCCAAGGAUGAUGUUCGUUCUCAACUAGACAUCCCGUGUGGACUCAUGAGUCAAAUAAAUAAUGUAGGCUUCUCCACUGCCGUCCUAUUGACUCCUGUGGACCCUACUACCCAGUUAGACUACAGGGAAGUCCAUCAGAUCUUAAGGGAGUUGGCCAUUGGAAUUUAUUGCUUAAAUCAAAUUCCUUCAAUCAGUUUAGAAGCCAAUUUUGAUCAGAGUUCUUCUUGUCAAUUACCUCCAGCUUAUUAUGAUACCAGAGUUGGACAAAUUUUGAUCCAUAUUGACUAUAUGCUAAAAGCACUGUGGCAUGGAAUAUACAUGCCCAGAGAGAAACGAGCCAGGUUCUCUGAAUUGUGGCGCACAAUCAUGGACAUUGAUCAAGAUGGGAAGCCUCAAACAACUAAAAACAUAUAUUCUGAGUUUAGUUCAGCAGGUUUGGUUGAUAUUACAAAUGACCCAGACUUUGAGGGGAUCUAUGAUGAAGACAUGAAUGAAGAUCCAACAUAUGAACCCAAUAGCCCUGAAGAAAAGGCUAUGUUCAUGAAAUAUGCUGAGGGUAUGAUGAUGAAGCUGACGUUCAGUACCACACAUAUUCAGCAGCAUGAAAACAUCUUUAUAUUUGAGACAGCCUAUUGGCUUACUAAUGCUAUAAAGUACAACCAGGAUUACCUUGACAUUUGUACUUACCAGAGGCUACAACAAAGACUCUCUCUUCAAAAAAAAGUUAUUCAAAAGCACUUCGAGAAAAAAAAAGAAAUCAGAAGAGGGAUAGGCUAUCUGAAGUUAAUAUGUUUCCUGAUUCCAUUUUUACUCAGUUUAAAAAAGAAGAUGAAAGUUCCAUAUUUAAAUAGUCUACUUCCACCCUUUUCAGACGACAAGGUCAAGACGGAGAGAGAGCUGCCUCCAUUUAUGUACGGACGGAACUUUAAGUGCCAGAACUUCGAUUACAAGGAACAUCAGUACUUCCAUGUGCACGGAGGGAUUGAAUUUGACAUCAGCACGAGCCCAGUAGAGAACGCUCUGGACGACUUUAAGAACAACGCCAAAAAAAUAUGGGCAUGUGCUGCUAAUACCUUUACAGAGGAUUCAGGAUACAAAGAAUUUUACUCAGUACCAGUCAUGGAGUUUUAUGGAAAGAGCUACUAUGUGAUCUAUUUUGAACUUGAAAUUUUCUACCAGCAACUCUAUAAGACUCAAUGGUGGGGAGCCAUAAACGAAAUUGUGAAUAAUCUGAGAUUGAAAAGGCUUCCACUGACUGAAGCUCAACUACACGAGCAAUUUAAGAAAAAAUUUGGUUUAAAAAAAGCUAUGAAAUGCAAGAGUAUCCCAUUUGGUCUGAAGUCUGCUGUUGAAAGAGGCUUGUCUGCUGUUUUCCACACAUUUAGCCGUAAAACCUCAAGCUCCACAAUCAAUGUUUCUGAUGAAGCAGGCUACGCCAUUUUCCACCAUGCUGCCCUGCACAAUCGGGUCCCUAUCAUAUGUCAGCUGUGUAACGCCAACUUCAACGUCAACCAGAGACGCUUCAUCAUGUUCACCCAAGAGUCAUCCAAAAUGGAUAUGAAAAAAGAAAGAAACGGUCCAACACCUCUACACCUGGCUGCACAAGCUUGUUCACUGGAAGCAACCAUCUGUCUACUUUGUUUCAAAGCUGAUUACACACUUACUGAGAAAAGAGGCUGGAUGCCAAUACACUUCGCCGCCUUCUAUGAUAACAUCUGCAUCAUCAUCGCACUCUGUAGGAAGGAUCCGAGUUUGCUAGAGGCUGAGGCAACAGCUGAGAAUCAGUGUACUCCACUGUUACUUGCUGCCACUUCGGGAGCCCUAGACACGAUCCAAUACCUGUUUUCUCUUGGUGCAAACUGGAGAAAAACAGACACAAAGGGGAACAACAUCAUCCAUCUGUCAGUGCUUACUUUUCAUACAGAGGUACUCAAGUACAUAAUAGAGCUGCAUAUCCCUGAGCUUCCGGUUUGGAAAACUCUGGUGGAAAUGUUGCAGUGUGAAAGCUUCAAACGAAGGAUGAUGGCUGUCAUGUCCUUAGAAGUAAUUUGCUUAGCAAAUGAUGAAUACUGGCAAAAUAUUUUGGAUGCAGGCACCAUUCCUGCCUUAGUCAAUCUAUUAAAAUGUCCCAAAAUAAAGCUGCAGUGUAAAAUUGUUGGGUUGCUGAGCAAUAUCUCAAUUCACGUAAGUGUAGUGCAUGCUUUGGUGGAGGCAGGAGGCAUUCCUGCUUUGAUCAGCCUGCUGGCUUCUGAUGAACCGGAACUCCAUUCUCGCUGCGCUGUUAUUCUAUAUGAUAUUGCUAAGUGUGAAAACAAGGAUGUUAUUGCCAAAUAUAAUGGAAUUCCAGCUCUGAUAAAUCUCUUAAGCCUUAACAAAGAAAAUGUGCUGGUGAAUGUAAUGAACUGUAUCCGGGUGCUUUGUAUGGGAAAUGAAGGCAACCAAAAAGCAAUGAGAGACUAUAACGGCAUCCACUACCUUAUCCAGUUUCUGAGUUCUGAUUCUGAUGUGCUGAAGGCAGUGUCCUCAGCUACAAUCGCUGAGGUUGGCCGGGACAAUAAGCAGGUGCAGGAUGCUAUAGCAAUGGAAGGGGCUAUCCCUCCCCUGGUAGCUCUUUUUAAAGGGAAGCAGCUCAGUGUCCAAGUAAAAGGUGCCAUGGCUGUGGAGUCACUGGCAAAUCGCAAUCCUUCAAUCCAGAAGGCAUUUCUGGAAAGAAAAUUAACUAAGGACCUCCUAAAACUUCUAAAGGCCUUUCAAAUAGAUGUUAAGGAGCAAGGAGCCAUAGCACUUUGGGCCUUGGCAGGACAAACACUGAAACAACAGAAGUAUAUGGCAGAGCAGAUUGGAUACAACUUCAUAAUAAACAUGCUUUUGUCGCCAUCAGCUAAGAUGCAGUAUGUAGGAGGUGAAGCAGUCAUAGCUCUAAGUAAGGACAGUAGGAAGCACCAGUAUCAAAUAUGUGAAGGGAACGGCAUUGCACCACUGAUUCGCCUGCUGAGGAUUAGUAAGAUAGCAGAAGGCACACUCCUGAGCGUCAUCAGAGCAGUGGGCUCCAUUUGUAUCGGUGUGGCGCACACGAGCAAUCCCAUGAGUCAACAAUGUGUUGUAGAGGAGAAUGCCUUUCCAGUGCUUAUUCAGCUACUAAGAAGUCACCCUUCAAUUAACAUUAAGGUUGAAGUGGCCUUUUCGUUGGCAUGCAUUGUCCUAGGGAAUGAUUCGCUACAGAAAGAAUUACAAGAAAAUGAGGGAUUUGAAUAUUCUGAUGUCCUUUAUCUUCUUCACUCAAAAGAUAAGGAAAUCUGCUUGAGAGCAGGUUACGCACUCACCCUUUUUGCCUUCAAUAAUCGUUUUCAACAGUACUUAAUAUUGGAAACUGGAAUGAUAACCUUAUCUAUUUUUGAGCCUUUUCUUCAAUCCAGAGUUGAAACAGAGAGGGCAAUGGCAGCAUUUCAGAUUAUCGUAUUAGCUAAAGUCAUUAUAGACAUGGAUCAUAUUACUUUGUCUGCAAGAGGUGUUACUAUUUUAGCUGACAGCCUGUAUUCAGCCCACACUCCUACUCUUGCCCUGACAGGUAAUCUAAUAGCUAGCCUGGCUCAUACAAGAUCGGGGAUCCCAGAUGCUUUUCUCACACUGGGGACCGUCCAGCGGCUCUUCUACCAUCUGUACUCAGAGAGAGAAGAGGUUCGAGCAGCAUGUUCCUGUGCCCUUGGCUACCUCAGUUACAAUGCACGUGCUUUCCGCAUCCUGCUAACGGAGUGCAGGAAUAAGCCUAACCAAUUUCUGCGCAUAAAACAUAACAUCAGUAGGGACGCCAGGAUCAACCCUGCCUUCCUAAAGGAGUUUCAAAUGCAGCAGGACGUGGGACUUCCUUCUUUAAGCCUGGAGAAGAAUGGAGGACCAUCUGUAAUUCCUAUCUUUAAAAAAGGGAAAGAGCACCGAAGAAAAGCAAGACCUAAAAUCCAGCCAAGAGAUUCUCUGACUUUAAUACCACCUGCAACUAACUUCAUGGGGCUCUUCAGAACAACACACAAGACCAAUGUUUCCCACAACAUUUUUUCAUUUUCAUCUGGAAUUUCAUCAGAUAUCAUAAAUGUAUCAAGACCAAGAAUAGUGUUUUUGAAAAACCUUGGGAAAGGUGAACAGAAUGCCAACCCAGAGCCUGCAGAAAGCUAAUAAUUAAAAGCAAAAGGCAUUUGAAACAUGAAAUGAUUCUUUACUGGUCUUUCUCAAAGCAGAUAUUUAUUGCGGUAAAAAUACACAGCAUCUUCAGGGGAUGAAAUUUGUGUUGUUGUUUGAAUGGAAGUUAUUUAUAUUAAUACUGAAUAGAUUUUCUUCCCAGAGUUUCAUAUGGAAUUUAACCGCACGUCAGGUAUUGCCUGAAAAAAAUUAGAAUUUCUAUGUAGAAUGCCUGUACUUAUACCUAUAAUAUUUAUCAACUGUCAUGAGUAGAAUAAUACAUAUUAUAUAUAUAUAUAUGUGUGUGUGUGUGUGUGUGUGUGUGUGUGUGUGUAUCUAUAUAUCUAAAAUACGUCUCAAGAGUUAGAAACAUUUUUGAGUUGAUAUGCUGAGUUAAGAGCCCACAUAUUAACACUUACAACACUUCAGCUGUCAAAUACUUAUCAAUGUGUGAGACUUCUGAGAGACCCGAAGUGUACAGUGUCUAAAUAUUCACAGGAGUAUCGGGAAUCACUGCCCAUAAGGUACACGGGGAGAAUAAUUCAAAUACACGGAAACUAGAGUGAUCCCAUUAUCUACAAGGGGUACCUUUUCUUUGCAUCUGGAAAACAAAAUCCCUAAACAAACUAGAAUUUAAAAGAACACAAAACAUACACACCAUAAAAGCACAAAAGUGGAAACCACAGUAUACAAGCAAAAGACCAGUAAAACAAAACAAAACAAAAAAUGUCCAAACUAAGGCAUGAGGCCCACCUAGCCUUAUGUGGGGUUUAUAUACCCAGUGAGACUCCAUUGGAGAAAAAUUGUUCAUUGCAAGAAGAUGUCAGUUACGCCAGCUUCUUAGUUAGAGAUGGGAGUCUAUGUCCACUCUCAUAUCUGAGGACUACGGCCCGAUCUGGCUUGAGACUGUGCGGGCCCUGUGUGUGCUGCCACAUCCCUGAGGUCAUAUGUGCGUCAGUCCAGUUGUGUCUGGGGGCCACCAUUUUCAUACCUGCUGGCUCUAACAAAUGUUCUACCUUGCCUCUGGAGAGCUCCCUGAACCUUAAGCGGAGGAUGUCCUCAAUUCAUAGACUAUUUUUUAUCAUUUGGUUGUUUCAAGAUUAUAGAUAAGAAAAGCGUCAAGAUAACAUCCUGAGCUUUACCGGGUGGAACCAUAUUUAACCAAAGAUCUGGGCGAUUCAUGCGAGAGGUUUGCUGAGAUUCAAACCAGUGUAAGCUGUACAGUGAGUUCUACACAUACCUGAGCUAGAGUGAGGCUGUCCCAAAUGAAUGUAUUCAUAAUAAAUAUUUUGGUAAAUUUUCUUCCAUAAUUUAUGUGUACUGAUAGUAGUAUCCUUAGGAAACUACAAGUAGUUAAUUCAUAAUUACAUACAAAAUGCAAAUCCAAAUGUAAGACGUGAGUUCAGGAACUAGUUGUUGCUUUUACUUGUUAUUUCUUCACUCUCACCAUGUCUUCCAACAGCAAUCUAAUGACCAAGAACACAGAGGUACUGUGAGGAAAGGCUAUUUCCAGACACUCUAUUUUUUAAAAGGAAAAUAGGAGAGCAUAACAAAAUUGAACGUAUCUAUGGAACUUUCUGAGAAGAAAGUUAGCUUAAAACAGGACUAAAACUAGAGAUGUUUCCAUUCGAAUCAAGAAUGGUGGCUACACAGCUGUAAUUCUACUCUUGAAAUGCUGAGGCAGAAGGAUCAAGAGAGUUGAAGGCCAGCAUGCUAUGAAGUGGGCCACCUGAAGAAGGCUUUCUUCUAUGCUAAAUUUUAUCUUUACAUUAUGGCUUUUCAAUAAAACCUGUUACCAGAGUUUAGAAAGUGCACAAAUUUAACAAAGUGUUUGAGUGCAGAGGACAUAUGGGACAUAUGAACAUCUAGUGGCAAAGUCAGUGGAUAUAAGUAGCUUUAAGAAAAUGGAGAUUACUAAUUUUUAAAUUUAAUCUUUGUCUUCCACAUGUGUGCCUGGUGCCUGUGGAGGUCAGAAAAGGGUGUUGGAUUCCCUAGAACUGAAGUUAUGGAUAGUUUUGAGCUGCCAUGUGGGUGUUGGGGUCCUUUACCAAAAGUAUAAAAAGUACGCUUAACAACUGAGCCAUUUCCUUAGCCCAAGAUGCACUGUACUUAUAGCCCCAAACAGUAUGAAGUUACUUUACUCAGAAAAAAAAUCCAAUGGCAAACUUCGUGUCUGUAACACCAAGUUUCAAACAAACCUUUCUCAUCUCAUUUAUUUUCAUCUUAGUAAAUACAAUUAAAUACAUUAAAGAAGUCAGUGUAGGGUUGGGGAUUUAGCUCAGUGGUAGAGCGCUUGCCUAGCAAGGGCAAGGCCCUGUGUUCAAUACCCAGCUCCAAAAAAAAAAAGAA